AUGGAGAAUGAGCUGUUCCAGAAGAUCCCAAGCUUGCAAGUGAUGAUCUGUCGCCAGUGCAAGCAUGGCGUACGACCGGUGGAGGUCGAGCGACAUCUGAAGCGGAAACAUCAGUUCAAGCAUCAAUCCGCCCACCAGUUGGCUCAGGCAGUCCGACAGUGGGAGGAUAUUGAACAGGACAGUGCGGCCAUCCAGAUCCCACCAGUAGUCGACAACCCACUGCCCAUUUUACCGUGUGAGCCCAGUGGCUUGUUAUGCCAACGACAUGACCCCCUGUGCCAUUAUGUGGCAUCCAACAUGGGCACCAUGCGGAACCACUGGCGCCAGGUCCAUCAAUGGUCCCAACAGACCCGCCGUGGCCGGGUUGGCCAGAGAGAGUGUACACAAGGGGCCGCUGAGCUCCAGCGUACGACACGAGAGAAGCCAGGUUGUGACAGGCAGCAGAUCUUCCCAUCGGGCCCGGGGUCCCAUUACAUCCAUAUCCGCUUCCCAGAGGGCCACCCACCACCACCACCGCCCCCCGCGGACCAGGCCCAACGGGCCGUCGAUGCCAUCAUCACCGCAUGGGAUCAGGCUCGAACGGCCCAGGAACAACAGGCCGUCAUCCAGGCCGAUCGGAUCACCGAUGCUAACCCGUGGCUCCGCCGGACCGGGUGGGCACGAUACCUGGAAGGUGUGCACCCCCAGGACCUGCUCCGGCUGGUGGAAGCGCCCCCCGAGGAGCCCCCGGAUCCCAUUGAACAGGCCAUCCAGGCCAUUUGGAAUGCCAUGGGCCAGUUGGCCCGGCGGAGCCAGCAGACCGUGCAGCGGUGUGGAACCGGCAUUUGUAUGGAGGCGGCCCGGACCGAGGCCGGACAGACCCCAUACCGGCCGCUCCAGGCGUACAUGGAUGAAACCAGUGUCCAGAAGCAUGUGCAGGCGUGGCAGCAAGUGUUGGGCUUCAUUGCACGCACACAGGCCACCCAGGCCGGACAGGGCAUGCAGGAGUGGUGUGGCCCACUGCCCGUGUAUGGGAUGACCGCGCGGCAGCAGCGGAAGUGGCAGAUGUUGUGGCAGCUUGCCAUGCCCACCAUGGUGAGGCCCCAACAGGCGCCCCAUCGAGCCCGGGCUCGGGCGGUCCAUAUGUUCCCCGGGGCCGGUCGGAUCCUAGAGCAGGGUGGGAACCCCGGCAGUUAUCGGGCCACAGAGGGGCGUGGGGUGAGCCCCGGAGAUCAGCCCACAGCCGGGCAUGGGGUGAGCCCCGAGCAUGUGGAAGAAGCAGAGGAGACUGGCAAUGCAGGCAGCACCGAGCCGGCAUGGAUGAUGAGCCCAAUGGAGCGUGCCUGCUUGGAGUUUUGCAUUGAGCUGCUCAACCAGCGCCACCGUGCCCAUGAAUAUGAAAGCCCCCUUGUGUGUGCCAUGGCGGUGCUCGGCUGGGGGGAGACUGGGUGGCGUGAUCCCGACAGUUACCCCCCCAUUUUAUCGCGGAUGAUCAAGCUUGCGCGGUUCAUGGUGGUGCAGAAGGCACUGUGGUUGGAUCCCCAUGUGGGGGACAUUAUUCAGAUGUGGCAGGCACAGGCUAGCACAGUGAAUGGCACUCCAAAUGGCACACCGGCUAGCCCAAUAGCAUGGCCGUUGGCCAGUGCAGAUGCCCAACUGGCCGAUAUCGAUGAGGGCUGUGAUAGUGCCAGUCCCACACGCUCCACCCCCACCACGGUGCACGAUCGCCCGUCAUUUCAUGACCAUGUGCAGCAGAUGGUCAGCCGCUUCAUGAUCCGUGGCACCCAUGGGCCCAUGCAGACAUUGCUCGACUGGCGCACAUAUGGGUUGAAGAUCCAUUACAAUAGCACGGCGCCGGGCCAUGUGGCGUGGAUGGGAGCCGAUGAGCUGUUGUACAAGGAUCUGCAUUUCACGAUGGGUGAAUUCCGUGGGUUCAUCCACGGGCUGGUUGGGGCCACACGGGAGCUGCUGUGUGAACUAUUAUGUAUUGCCGAUGGUUCCAGCAGCGCCCACACCCCAAGCACCAUGCCGCUGCCCGCCAUCCCGUGGCAGGGCUUGUAUGAUGAUCCCACCCAGGGGCACCCGGGCUGGAACUUUUGCAUGAUCGCCGGACCCGGUGGCCCGUGGAUGGCCGGUGGUGGAUGA